UAAGUGUGGAGGGCCAAAGGAGAUACCAACCCAGGCUCAGUCCAACCCCUCUCCAAAACGGCUUCUCUGAUACUCCAGGUAGCGAGGGAGUUGGGUCUCCAGGUUGUGCGAAGAGCAAAUGAUGACCGCCAAGGCCGUAGACAAAAUCCCAGUAACUCUCAGUGGUUUUGUACACCAGCUGUCUGAGAAUAUCUACCCUGUGGAGGACCUCGCCGCCACGUCGGUGACCAUCUUUCCCAAUGCUGAUCUGGGAGGCCCCUUUGACCAGAUGAACGGAGUGGCAGGAGAUGGCAUGAUCAACAUUGACAUGACUGGAGAAAAGAGGUCCUUGGAUCUCCCAUAUCCCAGCAGCUUUGCUCCCAUCUCUGCACCCAGAAACCAGACCUUUACUUACAUGGGCAAGUUCUCCAUUGAUCCUCAGUACCCUGGUGCCAGCUGCUACCCAGAAGGCAUCAUCAAUAUAGUGAGUGCCGGCAUCCUGCAAGGGGUCACCUCCCCAGCCUCGACCACAGCCUCAUCCAGCGUCACCUCUGCCUCUCCCAACCCAUUGGCCACAGGACCCCUGGGUGUGUGCACCAUGUCCCAGACCCAGCCUGAUCUGGACCACCUCUACUCUCCACCACCGCCACCACCUCCUUAUUCUGGCUGUGCAGGAGACCUCUACCAGGAUCCCUCGGCAUUUCUGUCAGCAGCCACCACCUCCACCUCCUCCUCUCUGGCCUACCCACCACCUCCUUCCUAUCCAUCCCCCAAGCCAGCUACGGACCCAGGCCUCUUUCCCAUGAUCCCAGACUACCCUGGAUUUUUCCCACCUCAGUGCCAGAGAGACCUACAUGGUGCAGCUGGCCCAGACCGCAAGCCCUUUCCCUGCCCCCUGGACUCCCUUCGAGUCCCCCCUCCACUCACUCCUCUUUCCACCAUCCGCAAUUUCACACUGGGAGGCCCCAGUGCUGGGCCUACAGGGCCAGGGGGCAGUGGAGGCAGUGAGGGACCCCGGCUGCCUGGCAGCAGCUCAGCAGCAGUGGCUGCUGCCACCUAUAAUCCCCACCACCUGCCACUGCGGCCUAUCCUGAGGCCUCGCAAGUACCCAAACAGGCCUAGCAAGACCCCAGUGCAUGAGAGGCCCUACCCAUGCCCUGCAGAAGGCUGUGACCGGCGCUUCUCCCGCUCUGAUGAGCUGACACGGCACAUCCGAAUCCACACGGGGCACAAGCCCUUCCAGUGUCGGAUUUGCAUGCGCAACUUCAGCCGCAGUGACCACCUCACCACCCAUAUCCGCACGCACACCGGCGAGAAGCCCUUCGCUUGUGACUACUGUGGCCGCAAGUUUGCCCGGAGUGAUGAGAGGAAGCGCCACACCAAGAUCCACCUGAGGCAGAAGGAGAGGAAAAGCAGUGCCCCCUCUUCGUCGGUGCCAGCCGCUUCCACGGCUGCUUGCACAGGAGGCACACAGGCUGUGGGGGCCCUGUGCAGCAGCAACAGCGGCUCUAUUGGUGGGGGGCUGCUGGCCCCUUGUUCCUCUCGGACCCGGACACCUUGAGAUGAGACUCAGGCUGACACACCAGUUCCUGAAGGCCCUGGAGGCCCUUCGUCCACUUGAACUGCACCACAACACUAGCACCCUCCACUGCCCCUCCCUCCCUACCCUGGGCAAAGGCCUUGGUGGAGUCCAGCACUGCCUCCCCUUGCCGCUUAGAUGCAAGUCCUCCCUAAAACUUGGCCCACUUUGGUUUCUCAUAGAUGAGUUGACUAUCACCCCAAGGUAAUGGGGAAUCUUGGAAAGGGGUUGGAAUCUUGGAAAGGGGGCCCCUGGCCUAGAGGGCUGAGGUCUGACCCUGCUUAAAAGGGUUGUCCGACUAGGUUUUGCUCCCCUCCUCCCCUUUAUUGUGACCCAUUACAGGUUUUUGACUCUGAAUGUCAGAGUUGAUUUGCGACUUUUUCUACAGUAGGUUGGGAGAUGCUGAUCCCUUCCAGUAGGGAGAGCAAAAAGAAGCAAAACUGAUGUGCACUUUAUGGCUUGGGACUGAUGUGGGGGACGCUGUACAGUGAGUGAAGCAUGGCCUUUCUGCUGCGUUCAGCAGUCCUAGAACAGUGAGUCAAAGUCUAUCAUAGUCGUCUCAACCCUUUAAGCAAUAUGUAUUAUAAACUCAGAGAACAGAAGUGCAAUGUGAUGGGAGGGACAUGGCAAUAUCUGCUCCUUUUUGAGUUGUUUGAGAAACAUAAAGACUAUUUUUUCAGUGUAUAUUCACUCAGAUUUUGUGUAUUUUUGAUGUGCACUGUUCUCCAAGUUCUGAACCUUUGGGAAAAAAAAAGUAAAGCAUUUAUGAUCUCUUAAAAUUAAUCAGAGAUUAACUUAUUUAAAAGGGGAUGUACAUAUAUUCUCUGAAAGUAGGAUGCAUGCAAUUGUGUUGGAAGUGUCCUUGGUGCCUUGUGUGAUGUAGACAGUGGUACAGUGUCUGCAUGGAAAUGGGUUGCCUUACUAUGGGAAAAAAAAAAUCAUUCCCUGGGUUUAGGAUGGCUGUAUAUUUCUGCCUAUUAAUAUUUGGAAUUUUUUUUAGAAAGUAUAUUUUUGUAUGCUCUGUUUUGUGACUUAAGAGUGUUACCUUUGUAGCCAAAUUUCAGAUAAGAAUGUAAAUAGUUAAUGGAGCUGACUUAUUUGGUUAUUAGCUCUUAAUAGUUGUGAAAAUAUAAAUGAUCUAUUCUAAUGCAAAACCACUAACUGAAUUUCAGAUAAUGGAUAGUUUGUAACUAUAGUGUAAAUAAAUACUUUUCAACAAUA